AGAGCGCUGUCAGAGGAUAAUCGCAGGUGGCAAGCCUGACAAAUCGGCGACGACAGAAAUAUGCGUUUGAUUGCUGUUUAACAACGAAAUAACAAUUACAUUUACCUCAGUUAUUCAUCGCUCUCGCUCCUUGGAUGCUCAACAAUGCGCUCGCCGGCUCGGUUCGUCGCCAGCUGGGCUCUCACCAUCUACAACAUCCAACAUCUCCCCGCCGUCGUCCUCCUCUUCCUCUGUUGCACGCUGACGGUGAUUGACGGGGCCGAGCGGCCCUGCACGGAGGAGGACUACUAUUUUGAGUACACAGAGUGCCACAGUUCGGGCUCUCGGUGGCGGGCGGCCAUCCCGCACAACCCCGGGGCCUGCGUCGGCCUGCCUGAUCCAGUGCGCGGCACUGAUUGCACCUUUUCGUGCAAAGCUGGCGAGUUUCUGGAGAUGUCAACCCAAGAGUGCACCCGCUGCGCGGCAGGAAGCUACUCUCUGGGCAGCGGCAUCCGCUUUGACGAGUGGGAAUCCAUGCCGGCGGGAUUCAGUAGCCUAGUUACCCCCCUGGAAACCGGCGCCCACCAAGACAGAGACCUCAUGUGCAAUAGCUCGUCUUGGGUCCCUCAGGGAAGUUAUCUGGCGUCCAACCGGGACGAGUGCACAGUCUCACUGGUGUACUCGGUCCACUUGAAGAAGCAGGGAUCCGUCACGUUUGAGUAUCAGUACCCGGACAACAACUUGCUCUUUGAGUUCUUUAUCCAGAAUGAUCAGUGUCAAGAGAUGGAUCAGAACUCAGAAACUAAAUGGCUUAAGAGUACCAGCCAAGGAGAAUGGGCCACCCACACGGUGAACCUCAAGUCUGGCACCAACAUCAUGUACUGGAGGACAGGUGCCAUCACGGUGAGCACCAAAGCAGCAAAACCUGUCCUCCUGAAAAACGUCCAAAUAGAAGGUGUGGCCUACACAUCUGAGUGUUUCCCCUGUAAGCCGGGCACUUUCAACCGAGUGCCAGGCUCCUCCACGUGUGAACCCUGCCCUCGGGACACUUUCUCGGGCCACGGGGCGAGCUCCUGCUCCCCCUGCGACAGGGCCACUCAAUAUGCAGAUGAGGGAUCUGGACAAUGUAAGAACAGACCUCCAUGUUCCAAGAAAGACUUCUUCAACAUUCACACUGCGUGCGACAAAGACGGAAAGACACAGGUGCUAUAUAAGUGGAUCGAGCCAAAGGUCUGCUUGGAGAACGUGACUGGAGCCGCGGGGCUGCCCCCUGGUGGCGAGCGAGAAGCUUGCCCUCCUUGCAACCCUGGUUUUUAUAACAACGACACGUCGGUCUGCUUGCCCUGUCCCGCUGGGUCCUACUCGGACGGAAUGAAACCAUGUCAGCAGUGCCCGGCGGGCACCGAGCCCACCCUGGGCUUUGAGUACAAGUGGUGGAACGUUCUUCCCGCUAACAUGAAGACAUCUUGCUUCAACGUGGGGAACUCCAAGUGUGACGGCAUGAACGGUUGGGAGGUGGCCCGCGAUCACAUCCGGAGCGGUGCGGGAAGCUCGGAUAAUGACUACCUCAUCCUCAGCAUUCAUAUUCCCGGCUUCAAGCUUCCGACGUCCUUAUCCAGUCACUCUGGCACAGAGUUUGGCCGGAUUACGUUUGAGUUUGAGACUGUGUGCACCGCUGACUGUGAAUUCUACUUUAUGAUGGAUGUGAACCGCAAGAGCACCACUGUGGUGGAGUCUUGGGAGAGCAGCAAAACAAGACAGUCUUAUACACACAUCAUGACCAAAAAUGCCUCGGUCUCCUACACAUGGGCCUUCCAGAGGACCAACCAGCCCACGGGUGUCCGUCAUUAUGUGAACGACGUGGCACGCAUCUACUCCAUCGUGGUCAGCAACGCGGUGGACGGGGUGUCGUCCGAGUGUCGCGCUUGCGCCCUCAGUGAGCAGCCGUCCAGCUCGGCGUGCGUUCCGUGCCCGCCCGGUCACUACAUCGAUCCGCAGAGCAGCCACUGCAACGAGUGCCCUCCCGACACCUACCUGCUCCCCCAGGCCACGCCGGGACCGGACGCCUGCAAACCUUGCGGACCAGGCAGCCAGAGCAGCAAGGACCACCGCUUAUGCUACAGCGACUGUCACUUCACACACACGGACGGCAACGUCACCAUGACCUUUGACUUCAGCCCGCUGGGCUCGGUGGGAACGCUGAUGAACGGGCCAAGCUUCACCUCCAAGGGAACCAAGUACUUCCACCUGUUCAACGUCAGCUUGUGUGGAGGACAGGAUCAUCUGGCCUUGUGCAAAGACAACGUGAGCGACCUAUCUGUCAGCGAUUCUCAGAGCGAGCACAGCGACGGUAGCAACGCUGUUCAGACCUUCAUCUGCCAAUCAACCAUAAUACCAGCCAGCGGACGAGGCUUCAACACAGCACUCACCUCGCAGUCCAUUAACCUGGCUGACACUUUCCUCGGCGCAACGGUCGAGAGUACACAUGCUGGUAUUAAGGCACGACCGGAGCUGUUCCCCCACUCCUCCGGGAAAGUGCCAGAUGUCAACUUUUAUUUCCGGUCUUUGGAGCCCACCUCGUCUUGCGAGUCGGGUCGCAGCACAGUGGUGUCAGUGCGCUGCAAUCCCUUAAAAAGCACCAAAGGAGAACUCUCUGUGCCCAGUACAUGUCCCGCGGGAACGUGCGACGGCUGCACAUUUCAUUUCCUGUGGGAGAGCUCCGGGGCAUGUCCCACGUGCACCCAGAACGACUACCACCGCAUAGAGGGAGCCUGCAAGGCGGGACAAAUGGAUCUGCUCUACGUGUGGACGGAGCCUAAGGUUUGCAUGGGAGGCGUGAGCUUGCCCGACAAGGAGACGCUGCCGUGCGAAGGGAUGGACCUCUGGGUACAGCUCUGCGCCGGAUUGGGCGCCUUCCUCACCGUGCUGCUCGUCUCGCUCACCUGCUACUUCUGGAAAAAGAACAAGCGGUUGGAGUAUAAGUACUCGCGCUUGGUCAUGUCCGCUAACAGCAAGGAGUGCGAAAUGCCAGGCGCUGACAGCUGCGCCGUCAUGGAGGGCGAGAAUGAGGGCGACAUGGACGAUGAGGUGGUCUACUCCAAACCCUCGCUGCUUGGAAAACUCAAAGCCAUAGCAUCCAAGAAAAAUGGGCAAAACUAUGAAAACAUGCAGCUAAACUCAUCUCAUUCUAAAGGCUUGGUGUGGAGUUAAAGCAAAGAGAAACCAAAAGGGAGAGGCCCUCAGGAGAUUGUCCACUGGUGAAGACCCCUUUAAAACAAUCACCCACCUCUAGAAGCUUUUUUGGGCACGCACAUUCUCACACACACAUGCAUACAUACACACAUAACCACAUACAUACGCACACAGUGGCCUUCAAGUGGAUACAAGUGGGUAAGAGCUCAGGGUAAACUGGGGAGCUAUACGGAGCUAUGAUUUUCGUUGUUUUGGUUAUGUUAGCUACAAGGUGGGGAUUUUCUGUGUUUACCCCUUCCCCUCCUACUUUCCUCACAAAAGCAUCUGUGGCCACUUGUCAUCUGUAUAUUAUUUUUGUUUUGCUCCAAUUGUUGUACAGCGAGGUGGACGCUGAGGUCCCGUACUCCAAAUAAAUUAUGACUUAUUUAUGUAAAAUGGA